GGGACGGUGCUAAAAAGGCACAUUAUAACAUUUCGUGGCCCUGGAUGAUGUUGAAAGACGCUCAGCGAGGACCCACGAGACUUACAGUCGAGGGCCCAUUUGUUGAGCUAUGUUUAUGGAUCAUGUGAGUAAUAUAAACAGAAAGCACGUUUCUCCGCUCCGCGCGCUCUGAGCUCGAGCUGAGUUGGCAACAGGAGCCCACCUGUGUUUAAUCACAAAGACACGAUACAUGCAACUUCACACCGACCCAGCGCUGAGGGCUGACGCUCAAGCUCUACAAAGUGGAAGGAUGAACUGAGAAGUCGCGCUUUGGACUCCUAAAACUUGCGUGUGGUGAGAUAGAGGCAUACCUAUGUUUAUAAGAUGACACUCAACACACAGAAAGAGGGAAAGGAACCACUGAGGAGAAGAGCGAGCACUCCCAUCCCCUCCUCUCGUCAAGCAGGCCGGGGAAAUAGAGACCCCUCGGCUGACCCGUAUCACCCUCCUCUCGCCCAGUCAGCCUCUUACCACCCUGGAGACAAGAGCAUCCACUCACGGGCCAACUGGUCUUCAGACUCCGAGUCGGACAGCUCUGGAUCCGAGUGUCUUUAUCGUGUGGUUUUGUUGGGGGAUCACGGCGUGGGGAAGUCAAGCCUUGCCAACAUUUUUGCUGGAAUACAAGAGAAGGAUGCCCACAAACACAUUGGAGAGGAUACAUAUGAGAGAACCCUUACGGUGGAUGGGGAGGAGACGACCCUAGUUGUGAUGGAUACGUGGGAAACAGAAAAACAGGAGGAAGAUGAGAAGUGGGUUCAGGAUUACUGCAUGCAGGUGGGGAAUGCUUACGUUAUUGUUUACUCCAUCACUGACCGCAGCAGCUUUGAGAGCGCAUCGGAGUUACGAAUCCAGCUGCGGCGCAUCCGGCAGGCUGAAAAUAUUCCCAUCAUCCUUGUGGGCAACAAAAGUGACUUAGUGCGCUCUCGAGAGGUGGCAGUGGAAGAGGGUCGGGCUUGUGCCGUGGUGUUUGACUGCAAGUUCAUAGAAACCUCCGCCUCCCUCCACCACAAUGUUCAUGAGCUCUUUGAGGGCAUUGUGAGGCAGAUCCGACUGCGGCGAGACAGCAAAGAGAUCAAUGAGCGCCGCCGCUCUGUCUACAAACGAAAAGAAAGCAUCACCAAGAAGGCCAGACGCUUCCUGGAUCGACUGGUGGCCAAGAACAACAAGAAGAUGGCCAUGAAAGUGCGCUCCAAGUCCUGCCAUGACCUCGCAGUGCUUUGAACCCAAAGAUCGCUCUCAUUCCUUGAACUCUGGGUUUCUUUGUUUUCUGUUCGAAAAGAGGAUUUGACUUUCUGACAAAUCCACUUUUGAAGGUGAACAUUAAUUCAAAUGUUUGUUUUUGUUUGUUUGUUUAUUCAUUCCAAUCGAAUUAUUGUAUUGAAAAGCUUUUUACUGAUUACCCUGAAGACAUUGAGGUUGUGCUCAUUGUUCUGUCCUAUAGAUCAAAUUUUUGAUAGUCGUUUGAAUUAAACCAAAGGUUUAUUACUGUAUAUCACCAAUUAAGUGGUCUUUGUUUUUUUUUAUGAACAUUUUAUCAAUGUUUGCCUUAUCAGACUGAAUAGACAUUAGAAAUAAUUAACAAGCAAUAUUUAUUAUUCAUUGUUGUUCAUGUUUUUGUUUUUUUUUUUCUAAUAAAAUUGAUAAUUCACCUUGUUUUUUCUAAAAAAGAAAGUAUUUUGUAUACACUGAAAGUCAUUUGCUAUGAGAUGGGCACAACCCGUUGGAAAAGUUAAAGGAGAGAUGGCUGAGACCAAUGUUUUUUAUUUUAUUUAUUUUAGUUUAUUCUAAUAAAGCAAAAACAUUUUGGACAUGUCAAUCAUCAUUUAAAAAGGGCAUGUGAAUAUCCUCCAUAAGCCUUUUGCAGUUUAUUUGAAUGAGGUAGUUGGUCAGUAAACAUUAUAAAGGUGUCAGAUAUUUUUGCCGGAACUUAUUAUAACAACGAAAAUAAUGGUUUACAGGCUAUUUCUCUCUAAAUGGUUUUUUUUUAGGCACUGGGAAAAUGUUUUUGUACAACUUGAUGAUGUUGGUUUGUAAAUAUUUAUUUUCCAGAAUUUGUAUAAUAAUAAAUGGCUAUGAAAUAUGUAAAUACAGUUAUGCUUUGCAUGAAUGCAGACAUAAUAACUUUAAAUGUUUUUUUUAAUAAAUCCCAAUCUGUGUUUUGA